AAAUAUUAAUUAACAUUAUUCAAUGCGGAUACCGAUUAGAAUGUUACAAUCAUAAAAAUAACUUUAAUUACUACUGUUAUCAACAAAAAAUAACUAUUAUUUCGUUGUUUUAAUAUUUUAAUAUAUUAAUAUGGGAGAUCGAGACGACUUUGAAGACCAACAAUACCCAGAUAACGACGAAUUCAUACCAUACGUGACAGCCGGUAAUUUAACUCAUCGAAAUGGCGCCAAAGUUAGCCUUUGGGGGAAAGUUACUAAAGUUUCAGCCAGCGAAGGUUUUUAUGUAAAAACAGUUGAUGACCAGGAAAUACUAAUAAAAUUGAAAAAACCAUUGAAUGAACCUUUAGAAGGUUGGUACGAAAUACAUGGUGUAUCGCAAGGUAAAAGUGUUGUUUGCGAAGAAUAUGUGCCAUUCUCUGAAGAAAUGACGAAGAAUAUUGAUAUUGAAGGUCACAAAAACUUGGCUAAAUUGUUAUCAGCACUCGACGAUCCGUGGAACUUAGGUAACGAAGAAUCGGGUGCUAUGCUCGGCGUCACACCAAUGGAAUAACAACUUCUCUAUGUUUGUAAAAAUUGAAGUAAUUGUUAUUUUUAAUAAAUAAAAAAAUAUUUUGUUAAAAUAGUUU